CGGCUACUAGCGCGCCCCUCUCCGGGCCGCCUCCAUUUCCCUUGACGGCCGCAGGAGGUGACCCCGUCCCGGGCGCGGCGCGCAGGCAGCGGCCAUGUCUCGGGGCAGCGCGGCUGCGGUGCGGUUGCUGGCACUGCUGGUGUUGCUGAUCUGUCUCAGUUGUGGAAAUGGACUCCAUUGGAAGAUUUACAAUCGAAGUGGCAGGCAUGGCGCAUCAUCUCAUCCCAACAGCCCAGUCAGACAGAAGCGAGAAUGGACAGUCCCUCCUGCUUUCAUACGGGAAGAGGAAGACAAUUCCUAUAGGAAUCCAAUUGCUAGAAUACAUUCUGAUCUUGAAGACACAGGGAUCGUGGUAACUUAUACUAUAUCUGGUCAAGGAGUUACAGAACCCCCUUAUGGACUGUUUGUUAUCAAUGGAAAGACCGGAGACUUGAACAUCACAGGGAGGGUUGACAGAGAAAAGACUCCAAGGCUAUUAUUGCGAGGUCAUGCUCUAGACAAGACAGGAGCAAAACUGGAAGAGCCAAUAGACCUCCCAAUUAGAGUUCUAGAUAUAAAUGACAAUCCUCCAGUGUUUUCACAUGAAGUUUUUGUUGGUUCAAUUGAAGAAUUAAGUGAAACAGGUACAAUUGUGAUGAGGUUAAAUGCAACGGAUGCAGAUGAACCAAAUAACCUGAAUUCCAAAAUUGCUUUCAGGAUCAUUUCCCAAAGCCCAAGUUCUGCAUUCAGUAUGAAUAAAGAUACUGGCGAGGUUCGAGUAGCAGCAAUAAACCUUGACAGAGAGACACAAAGUAGCUAUUCUUUGGUGGUGGAAGGGAAGGACCGUGAUGGUGCAGCAGAUGGGAAUAGUGCUACAUGCUCUUUAGAAAUCAAAAUUUUGGAUGUCAACGACAACCUGCCUGUGCUUGAAAGUUCUGCAUUUGAAGGAAGCGUUGAAGAAAACAGAGCGAAUGUGGAAAUCAUGAGAAUAAAAGUAUUUGAUAAAGAUGAAGAGUUUUCUGAUAACUGGUUGGCAAACUUUUCAUUUGUCUCUGGUAACGAAGGUGGCUAUUUUCGUAUUGUAACAGAUACCAAAACAAAUGAAGGAGUUUUGACUCUUGUGAAGGCAUUAAAUUAUGAAGAAAUGAGAAGCCUAAACCUGGGUUUUGUUGUUACAAACAAAGCAGAAUUUCACAAAUCCAUUAAAAACAGUUAUAAAGCACAAACAAUUCCAAUCAAAAUUCACGUGAUUGAUGUGAGGGAAGGCCCUGUAUUCCCCGGUGGCACUAAAAUUAUUGAAGCGAGUGAGAGCGUGCGAGUGAGCCAGGUCAUUGGACAGUAUCAAGCCCUUGAUGAAGACACUGGAAAAGCAGCAGUGAACAUUAAAUAUAUCAAAGGAAGAGACCCAGCAAACUGGAUCACGAUAAAUUCAAAAACUGGUGAAAUCCAGCUUGCUAAAAACCUUGAUUACGAAUCAGCUUAUGUAGUAAAUGGUACCUACACUUUUACCAUGUUGGGUGUAACUACUGAUGUUCCUGCGAAAACAGUCACUGGCACCGUUGUUGUUCAGGUUCAAGAUGAGAAUGAUAACUGCCCAAUUAUUGAGAACCCUGUACGGACUGUGUGUUCAGAUGCAACAUUUGUUGAUGUUACAGCUAAUGAUAUAGAUAGUUACCCAAACAGUGCUCCCUACAGCUUUUCUGUCAUUGAUGAGCCAGAAGGAACAGCAAGAAACUGGAUAAUUGCAUCCAGAAAUGCCACCAGUGUACGGUUGGUUCCCCAGAACCUGAAGGCAGGCAGUACUGAAGUCCCCCUCCAAAUACAGGAUUUCCAAGGGUUCAGUUGUGCUCAGCCACAAUCCCUGCAACUAUAUGUUUGUACAUGUACUGCUGAUGGCGGAUGCAAAGAUAGAAUUACUGGCAGUGGGUCAGCAUUCCUGGGACCGGGAGCAGUUGCACUAAUCAUCUUGGCGUUUUUGCUUCUGCUGCUUAUUCCGCUAUUACUGCUGUUGUGUCCGUGCGGUUCAGGAGCAAAGAAGGGAUUUGCUGCAAUACCGGACUGCAGUGAAGAGAUGUUGCGUAAAUGGAACAGUGAAGGAGCAGCUCCUGAGGAGAAGUCAAUGCAAAGUGUCAUGCUACCCACUGCAUUGGGGAACUUGAAAGGAGCGGCUGGAGGAGCAGGAGCGGUAACAGCAGCAGCGGCAGCAGCAGGAAUGAGUGCAGAGGAAGCUGCAGCAGGAGCAAGUAGUUCUGCCUCUAACAUAAGAGGGCAGAGCACUAUUACCAGGGAAGGAUGGGAAGAGCAAAGACAUCUCCUUUCUAGUACUGAUUACCAUACCAGAUCCAUGACAACUGGAAGGGCUGAAGGCAUGAAAGCUGGAGAAGAGAACAUGGUGGUGACUGGAGGAGGCGUGGCAAUGGGAUCUGCAGGAGCCAUGAAUGAAGAAUUUUUAAGAGACUACUUCACUGACAAAGCUGUCACUUUUGCGGAAGAAGAUGAAGCUCAAGCUGCAAGGGAUUGUCUCCUGGUUUAUUCUCAGGGGGAGUCAGGCUCCCCCCACGGUUCCAUCGGCUGCUGCAGCUUUAUUGAGGGUGACCUCGAUGACCGCUUUCUUGAUGAUUUAGGAGACAAAUUUAAGACUCUGGCAGAAAUAUGUAUAGGCAGACGCAUUGACAUGAAAGACUCUAGCUCCAAGAAUGAAUCCAAUUUUGGUGUUAAUGAGCAAAAGGCUUUCAGCUCCAAACAAGCCUCUGCCUCAGGUGGCUACUUCUCACCCAGCCCAUCAGCACAGGCAGGAGGUGCUGUGGGGUCGGAGACCGUGUCCCAGGAGGUGAUCAUGGAGACAACCUCCUCAUCGCAGUCUGGGCAGCAUGAUGUCCAGACCCUCACCACACCCUACACGGAGACCAAUGUCACUGUGACAGAAACGUCUUAUUCUGCAGGGGGCCCUACCCGCUCACCUGCCGGCUUUUUAGAUCCCCAGUUUAAGGAGAACAUAGUGGUGACAGAGAGGGUGCUGGCCCCUGCCUCGAGCUUGAGGGGAAUGGUGGAAAUCCCCAGCAUGCCCUCUGGAAACAACAUGGUGGUUACAGAAAGGAUGGUGACAUCAGAGGGCCCUGGGCUAGGAGCCAUAGCAGUUCAGGACCUCCCUGACUCAAAGUACGUGGUGGUGAGGGAGCGGGAGACAGUGCUUGUGCCCAGCACUGAGCAGGGCUCACUGAGCUUUCCCACCUUGUCUGAAGAGCAGAGCAUGGUGGUGAAUGAGAAUAACCUCACAGGCUCAGCAGGGCCUGGUAGAGCUGAACAGGUGCUGAUCACGGACUCCCUGCUGAGCCAGGCAGGCUCUGCCAUGGAGGGGGCACCUCCUGCCAGCUCCAUGCUGAGCAAGUCCUCCAGAGUCACCAAGUACAGCACAGUGCAGUACAGCCGCUCCUAGUCUUGGCACCUUAACUGCUGUGUGCAGCUUUCUGCAGGCUUUGUAUUGAGACCUGGAUUUUGUAGUGCCUUAAAAAUGACACUGAUUUGCAUGUAGUGUCUUCUUCAGUAAGGACUGUGGUCAAGAAGCUAGCAAAGAAAUCUACUACUAUUGUAAAACAUUGACAAUGUUUUUGAAGUGGAAUGAUGCAAGAUAUGUAUCUUGUCUGCUGUUUUUGUAACUAUUUUGCUAUGUACUUGCUAUUUUUAUUAUCAAGGUAGUGUAAUAAUAUCAUGCAACUACAAGCAUAAUUGUGGCAAAGCAGAAGAAUUAUAAAAUCUGGUGACUGAUGGCAAAGCACAAAUUAGAUUUCUGAGCUGCUAUUGAGUCUAUCUGCUGAACCCUCCUCCCCACCCCCCCAGGGGGCAUUGAUCUCACCACAUCUUCCAUCUGUUACCUUGUGGAUCAGAGCAGCUCCCCUAAACUGCAGCUGCACCCCAGUGAAUUCAUCAGAAAUCCUUCCUGAGGAACCCAAGCUGCCAAAGUCCUCUGGGCAGCGGUCUCCUAGAGGGUUGUCACAAUUUCAGUUUAGAAGCAUCUGUACCUUAAGCAAGCAGUACUUGUUCUCUUUAACCUCUGUGCUAAUAUGCAAGUAGCAAAAAGAGCUGAGAACUGUUUUUCUUCAGUGGGUUUUUCAUUUAUUUUUUGUUGUUGUUUCAGUACUUCAGUGUAAAAUUUCCAUUACUUGGCAUAGAUGUAGACAGACAUGAGAAAAUAAGCAUUUGCACUGCACCAUGAAGAUUUUUCACUGACUCUUUAUUGGUCAUUUAAUAAUGCACUAGAAACAACUUUCAGCUUUAGGGACAGAGAUCAAAUCAAUGGCUUCUGCUAGCAAGGUUUAUGUCCCUUAGGAAUCUGCUGGAUCUGAUUUAUAAGUGCUAUUAAUUGAAUUUUAUUUCUAUCUGUGAGUCCACAGAUACAAGUAGAGGAAUGAGGCCCAGUGCAUGUUUUUGCAGUUGCGAUGAUUCCAGCCUCAGAACUGCUGUGGCCUCUGCAGUGCUGUGUCAUGGCAGCUGUGAGUAGCUCUAACAGGAAAAUAGAAAAGCUCCCUGUAAUUUUGCAACACUUGACAUUACUUUUCUUUCUAUUAAGUCUCUGGUAAGAGAAAGUACUGUAACAUUUGGCACUAUGUAUAUAUGCACACGUAUUUAUUUGUUUGCAGUUGGAGACGUUUUAAUGUGACUUUUAUAGCAAAAAAAAAAGAAAAACACAAAAACAAAGCCUGUCAUACACUACUUAUGUUUUAUCAGUGUAGAAAUGUAUUGGAUCAGACAUUACUACUAUGUAUAUCUCAUAACUGUAAAAUCAUUGAGGUACCUCGAGGGUAGUGCAAAGCCCAUGGACUGCAGAGCUUUCUGGUUGUUGUCUCCAUCUCUGCUGAGUUUUCACAUCACUGUAGGUUAUGUUUUCCACUGUGUUUUAUUUGAGGGGUGAGGCAUAAGGCGAUUCAAACACAUAAACAUACAAAGUACGAACUGUGACUGUGCUCCUCACAGUAUGCGUGUGUUACAGUGGAGGAGUACUUACUUCAGGCAAGUCAAUGCACUUGCUUGGACCUGUUGCUUAUUUAUCACUUAAACUUUAUUUUUUUUUUAUUUUCAAAGUACACAUGUCUACUUUUAAGCAUGCAAGCAGUUUUAAGUGGUAACCCAUUGUUUUCUCUUGGAGUCAGAGAGAGUGAACUUACCUCUGAUUUUUUAAUGGAGAGCUUCUGUAUUUUUAUGCAACCUGAAAUAAAGAACUUUACCACA